AUGUCCCUCAUGGAUGGACAUUCCGGGUAUAACCGGAUAUUUAUAGCAGCAAAGGAUGUUCACAAGACAGCCUUCAGAUGCCCCGAGGCCAUUGGCACCUUCAAAUGGGUCGUCAUGCCUUUCGGAUUGAAGAACGCCGAUGCUACAUAUCAAAGAGCAAUGAAUUACAUUUUCCAUGACAUGAUUGGAGAAUUCAUGGAAGUCUACAUAGAUGACGUCAUCGUCAAGACAAACCAGUGGGUCGAAGCGGCGUCGUACAAAAACGUGACACAAAAAACAGUUAGGGAGUUUAUCAAAGAGUGGAUUAUUCAUCGAUUUGGUAUCCCGGAGACCAUUACUGCUAACCAAGGGACAGUUUUCACAAGACAAGAAAUAUUGGAUUUUGCUAAGUCUAAGGGUAUCAAGAUGAUCCAUUCAAUGCCCUAUUAUGCCCAAGCUAAUGGCCAAGCUGAAGCUUCUAAGAAAAUAAUCAUUGGAUUGAUUAAAAGGCAUUUGGAGGACAACCCAAAGGAGUGGGACUCACUGCUUUCAACAAUGCUGUGGGCUUAUCGGACGUCCACAAGAUCAAGCACCGGAGUUACUCCUUAUAUGCUAACGUAUGGACAAGAAGCCGUGUUACCCUUGGAGAUUACCGUGCAAUCAUUAAAAGUGAAGCUCCAAGAUGGCAUGGCUAAAGAACAAUAUGAUGAGAUGAUGUACGCCAACAUUGAUGAGUUGGGAGAAAAUCGAGCCACAAAGACUGAAAAGUUUAUAGCUCAGAAACGAAGGGUUGGCAAAGUUUACAACAAACAUGUGAGAGCUAAGCAUUUCAACGUGGGAGAUUUGGUAUGGAAAACUAUUUUGCCUAUGAGCCUCGAUAGCGAGAAGUUUGGUAAGUGGUCAUCAAAGUGGGAAUGA